AUGGCUCCAACCACUCAAUCACAUACGUCUACCGGUACUGUCGCAACUGAGAAGGGAUCUGGUUCAGUUUUUGACAGAAAGCCGAUGGUCAUCGGCUUGUACGGACUUCCAGGGUCUGGAAAGUCUAGCUUGAUGAACCAGAUAAAGCUUCAAGUUAACCACGAAAAGUUUCUCUUUUACGAAGGUUCCGAGUUGAUAUCCACCCUCAUGGCCGGAGAUCUUGCCGCUUUUGCGAAACUCAACGAACAGGAGAAGCGUCAGGUGCGGGAGCAGGCAAUUACCAGCGUUGCAAAAGACUGCUUGACACACAACUGCACUGCUUUGGUUGUUGGUCAUUACAUGUUUUGGCCAGAAGAUGAAAUGGAAGGCAACGUCGUCGCUACUUCCAGCGACUUUCGAGUCUAUACACACAUCAUCUAUUUGAGUGUGACUGUCCCCGCCAUGCUGGAACGUCGGCUGAGUGACAUGCACCGCCAGCGCCCGCCAGUGUCCGCCGCACACUUGCAGCAGUGGCAGCAAGCCGAGAUCGACCACCUCCGCCGUCUCUGUAGAGAGCAUUGCAUCUUGUUCUCAACUGUCCCGCAGCACAGCGACCCACUUUCUUUUACUUUAAAGUUAGUGCGCCACUUUGAGCGGACAAACGGCAGCUGCAACCUCGCUCACGUCGCCACCAGAGUCAAAAACGCACUUGUUGCUGAUGAGCGCACAAAGACUGUGUUAGUUGUUGAUGCAGAUAAGACUCUGGCGGGCGAAGAUGCCGGCUCUAUGUUUUGGCAGGCUGUCAAUGGCUCUAGUCAAGAAUUGCUAGAUACAUGCCCGCUGAAGAUCCUCUUUAGCAGUCCGUUCGGCUAUUCUGAGGCUGGAUUUCGCCAGGCAACGCUUCUAUAUGAAGAAGCUGCCAACGACGCAGACUUUGAGACUCUUUGUGAGAGACUUGCAUCUUCUAUCACGGUACAUCCUGAGUUCAUCACUCUCUUCCAGCAAGUUUGCAGCCACGGUCACGUGCGAGUCGUCGUACUGACCUGUGGAAUUCGACGCGUCUGGCAAGUGGUGCUGGAAAAAGCUGGCUUUGGAGAUAGCAUCAAAGUGAUUGGUGGCGGCAGAAUUUUGGACGAGGUUGUCAUCACCCCGCAGAUUAAGGCACAGGUUGUCUCGAGUCUUCGAAAGCAAUCUGGCCUCUAUGUAUGGGCCUUCGGAGAUAGUCCACUUGAUCUGCCAAUGCUGGAGGCAGCUGACAGUUCUAUCAUCGUGUCUGGUAAUGUACGAAAUCGAAGUCGCAGUAUGGAAGAUGCCCUUCGCGGGGCCAUCGACAACCGUGGAUUCUGUCCUCGCCAAGUGCUCCUCCCGCCACAUGUCGCUCCAAGGCUAAACACCACGAAACUACCGCUACUGGCGUUCUCUGAUCCCGAUUUUGUCGAAGCAGUCGUGUACUCCCGCGCGAUAGGGAUAACUACCGUGGCAUCCAAGUUAGUGUCGACUUACAGCUGCACCGUGGUCCAUGCAACAGACACCGGUGCAGCAAAACUACUCAUGUCUCAGACUCGUGAUGCCUCUGUCGCCGGGAUCGGCUGA